GCCGCGAAAAACUAGAAUCCGCUCAGCCGGCAUCGAGUGCGCGUCGGUUUAGUAUCAAACUUUUUCUUCGGUCCGUCGUAUCAUUUUUCUUCAAUUGCGAUCCAAAGUGUAUGUCUUUCUACGAGGGACUCUUUAAAAAUAUCAGUUGAAUAGCGUGUAACAACAACAGAGACAUUCUCUUCUUUAUUAAAUCCUUCCUGUUUAUGGACUAUUAUCGUGCUCGAGUGAGAUACACAACAGUGAUUUGAACACAGUGUGUUAAGGAGAUACUUGGUGUUAUCGAGGAUUUUAACAUUAAUGACCUCUUUCUUUUCUGGAGUAUUUUGUCGUCAUCAGCGUCUACAACUUCAGUAAAAAAUGCAUUUGCCGGAGGGACCGUUAGGAAUGGACAACUUCAACGCUAUUCAUGAGACACUGCAGGCUUGUCACGGAGAUCUGGUGAGGACCGGAAGUCCGGCCAUCCUCUGCAGCGCGUUGCCAUCGCACUGGAGGUCGAAUAAGUCGCUACCGGUGGCUUUCAAGGUCGUUGCCCUCGACGAGGUCAGCGACGGCACUCUAGUCACUAUCAGAGCUGGCAACGAUGAGAAUUGCUGCGGUGAAUUGAGAAAUUGCACGGCUGUCAUGAAAAACCAAGUCGCCAAGUUCAAUGAUCUGAGAUUCGUUGGUCGUAGCGGAAGAGGAAAGUCGUUUUCGCUGACGAUACAAAUCAGCACGGUACCCUUCCAAGUCGCCACCUAUACGAAGGCGAUCAAAGUCACCGUGGAUGGGCCUAGGGAACCACGAUCCAAAUCGAAUUAUCAGUACGGCCAUGGAUUCCCCGGACUUGGAUUGCUGAAUCCUUGGGUAGAUGUUGCGUAUUUGGGACACGCGUGGCAUUUGCCCCAUCCUGCGUUCGUCAAAGGAAGUAUUCCGAUGCCAACAACGGAUCUGUUUCCACCAACCUUCCCGCCCACCGUUUUACCGUCUUAUCCGUUCGACCACGUAAAAUAUCCGACAGAGUACGCGACGCUACCGCCAAAAACAACUAGCAGCACGGCCGUAUCAGCGACCAUACCAAACAGUCCGUCUAGAACGCCACCGAAAAGUCCGAGCGAGUCCGGAAGCGAAUCGGCAGCCGAAGAAAUACGCAGUGCGUUCGUGCCAAUCAGAUUGAACACUUUGCCGCCAGCAACGUCCGUCGUCACAGCAUCUUCAUCGCCUUCUGAAAGGAUUCCAUCGAAAAAGGUCAUCGAGAGUACGAAAAACGAGCUCAAGGCGCCAACAGCUCUGAUCUCGCGGUCGUUGUCGCCAAAGAGAAGCCCAUCUCCAACCAAGAUCUCCUCGCCGGCCGUGACCAAACCAGUAUGGAGGCCUUACUAGGGCGAAAAAAGGACGGAAGCUCGGUGAAAUGAGAAUAAAAAUUUCCGAUGGAAGGCUAGUGAUUACUUAGGUCGAUUACGUCGUCGGUGAAUGAACAGUCUCUUCGGUAGAAAAGAAACGCGUCCGACGUUAAUCCAGGCUCUUGACGAAGUGCUUUUUCUACCCGAACGUUCAUAUAGUGUCUGUGAAUUACAUAUUUUUGUUUUCUUUCACUUACAUUUAUCUCGAUUUAUUCAUUAUCGUUUCGAUGAAAUUGACAUUGAUGAAGAUAUAACGACGAUUCAAUAUUCGAUUUAGUGUUCUGUUGUACGAGGACGAUUUAGAGAAACAAGAAAUGUUUAUGAGAUUGACAUUAAUUAGAGAGAUCGAAUAUUAAUUCGAUAUCGGCAAUUUAUAUUUUUCAUAUUUUCGGUGAUAAAGAGGACAUUAUUGUGUACAACUGUGAAUAAUAAAACGCUUUUUAAUUCGGAUUAUUGUACAAAUGGAUUGUAUAUACGUGUAGAUAGUACGUGGACAAUAAUUGUAGAGAAGAGGAUAUUAUUACAUAUGUACAGUUUAAUUUCGUGUGAAUAGGAAUCGUGUGAAUAGCAAUCGUGUGAAUAGGACUCAUGUAUGCGUGCGAGAAAAGAUUAUUCAGAGAGACAAAAAGACAGAGAUACCGAUAUUAUUUAUAAGCCAGAGAUCUAAUUUACUGUAAACAGAUGUUAUUAUAUAAAAGCGCGACAAGUCAAAUAAAACGUACAACGGAUAUGACAAUUCCGAA